AAAAGUGCAGGAUUCCUGGGAGGCUCCUAGGAGAUGUCCAGGUGUGGCAGGGCAGAGAGCAUUUGUUCACUUCACAGAUGUUCACUGGUGUCUUGUUUGGGCCAGGCACCAGGCACUGUGUUGGGUGCUGGGGUUCAGGGUGGACAUGGUACCUGGAGCUUGCCUUUGAAUUGAGAGAGGAGGUGAGAGACAGCACUUUGGAGGCAGACCAGCUGGAUCUGAACCCCAGCUCUGUCACCGACUAGUUUUUGACCUUGAGUAACUUACUGAAGCUCUCUGAGCUUCACUUUCCUCAUCUAUAAAAUGGGGAUAAGCAUAGGCCCUGCCACCCAGGGUAUUUGUGUGAAUUAAAAUGGGAGCCAGGCACGGUGGCUCACACCUGUAAUCCUAGCACUUUGGGAGGCCGAGGCAGGCGGAUCACUUGAGGUCAGGAGUUCAAGAUCAGCCUGACCAACAUGGCGAAACCCUGUCUCUACUAAAAACACAAAAAUUAUCUGGGUGUGGUGGUGUGCACCUGUAGCUGUAAUCUCAGCUACUCGGGAGGCUGAGGCAGGAGAAUUGUUUGAACCCGGGAGGCGGAGGUUGCACUGAGCCGAGAUUGCGCCACUGAACUCCAGCCUGGGGGAUAGAGCGAGACUCCCCCCUCCCCUGGGGGGCUGUUACUGUGGACUCUCAGGUGGGAGGGACCAGCAAGUUUCCCAAAUGAAUUCCAGCUGUGGUUUCUUCGGUUGUACAGGACAAAGAUCCAAUUCACCCUGGCCUUUGCCAAAAGGGGAUUCAGGGCAGGCUGGAUUCGGGGCUGUGGAGUAUCUCUUUGUGGCUCUGCUUGACUUCAUUUUGUACAGGCUCCUUCCACGUCAUCCACUAUUCCUGCUUAGCAAAAAUGGCAGAGAAAAGACCACAUUCCCUUUCCACUCGAGGGGAAAAGAGGUCGUCAGAGGACUCUGAUUGGCCCACCCUGGUUCAUGUGCUUAUCCAUGAACCAAUCAGUGCAACAAGGGAAUGGAUAUCCUGAUUGGCCCAGCCUGGGUCAUGUGCCUAUCCAUGAACCAAUGAGUGUUACCAGGGAUGGGAGUAUCCUGACUGGCACAGCCUGGGUCAUGUGCCCAUCCAAGAGCCAAUCAGUGUUAUCAGGGAGGAGUAUUUUCAUUGGCCAGCCCAAGCCACGUGUCUCACUUCUUUCCAAAACCAGGUGGAAUUAGAAAGAAGUUCCAGGCCUGGCACGGUGGCUCAGGCCUGUAAUCCCAGCACUUCGGGAGGCCGAGGCAGAUGGAUCACCUGAGGUCAAGGGUUUGAGACCAGCCUGGCCAACAUGGCGAAACCGUGUCUCUACUAAUAAUACAAAAAUUAGCCGGGUGUGGUGGCGGGCGCCUGUAAUCCCAGCUACUCGGGAGGCUGAGGCAGGAGAAUCGCUUGAACCUGGGAGACCGAGGUUUCAGUAAGCCGAGAUCAUGUCACUGCACUCCAGCCUGGGGGAUAGAGCAAGACUCCAUCUCAAAAAAAAAAAAAAAAAAAAAAAAAAAAGAAGUUCCCAAAGGGAAGAGAAAGGCUGUUAGCAGGAUAAGCCUGUGACCUCAUGACCCAGGGGAUUUUGGCCUUGGUCACGUCCACUGGCUGUGCAUCUGCCAAUGCCCUGCAGUCCCUCACGGAUGCCAUGCACAUCCCACACCUCUUUGUCCAGCGCAACCCGGGAGGGUCGCCACGCACUGCGUGCCACCUGAACCCCAGCCCCGAUGGUGAGGCCUACACACUGGCUUCGAGACCACCCGUCCGCCUCAAUGAUGUCAUGCUCAGGCUGGUGACGGAGCUGCGCUGGCAGAAGUUCGUCAUGUUCUACGACAGCGAGUAUGAUAUCCGUGGGCUUCAAAGCUUUCUGGACCAGGCCUCGCGGCUGGGCCUUGACGUCUCUUUACAAAAGGUAGACAAGAACAUUAGCCACGUAUUCACCAGCCUCUUCACCACGAUGAAGACAGAGGAGCUGAAUCGCUACCGGGACACGCUUCGCCGCGCCAUCCUGCUGCUCAGCCCACAGGGAGCCCACUCCUUCAUCAAUGAGGCCGUGGAGACCAACCUGGCUUCCAAGGACAGCCACUGGGUCUUUGUGAAUGAGGAAAUCAGUGACCCGGAGAUCCUGGAUCUGGUCCAUAGUGCCCUUGGAAGGAUGACCGUGGUCCGGCAAAUCUUUCCAUCUGCAAAGGACAAUCAGAAAUGCAUGAGGAACAACCACCGCAUCUCCUCCCUGCUCUGCGACCCCCAGGAAGGCUACCUCCAGAUGCUGCAGAUCUCCAACCUCUAUCUGUAUGACAGUGUUCUGAUGCUGGCCAACGCCUUUCACAGGAAGCUGGAGGACCGGAAGUGGCAUAGCAUGGCGAGCCUCAACUGCAUACGGAAAUCCACUAAGCCAUGGAAUGGUGGGAGGUCCAUGCUGGAUACCAUCAAAAAGGGCCACAUCACUGGCCUCACUGGGGUGAUGGAGUUUCGGGAGGACAGUUCGAAUCCCUAUGUCCAGUUUGAAAUCCUUGGUACUACCUAUAGUGAGACUUUUGGCAAAGACAUGCGCAAGUUGGCGACAUGGGACUCAGAGAAGGGCUUGAAUGGCAGCUUGCAAGAGAGGCCCAUGGGCAGCCGCCUCCAAGGAUUGACUCUCAAAGUGGUGACUGUCUUGGAAGAGCCUUUCGUGAUGGUGGCUGAGAACAUCCUAGGACAGCCCAAGCGCUACAAAGGGUUCUCCAUAGAUGUCCUGGAUGCACUGGCCAAGGCUCUGGGCUUUAAAUAUGAGAUUUACCAAGCCCCUGAUGGCAGGUACGGUCACCAGCUCCAUAACACCUCCUGGAACGGGAUGAUCGGGGAGCUCAUCAGCAAGAGAGCAGACUUGGCCAUCUCUGCCAUCACCAUCACCCCAGAGAGGGAGAGCGUUGUGGACUUCAGCAAGCGGUACAUGGACUAUUCAGUGGGGAUUCUAAUUAAGAAGCCCGAGGAGAAAAUCAGCAUCUUCUCCCUCUUUGCUCCAUUUGAUUUCGCUGUGUGGGCCUGCAUUGCAGCAGCCAUCCCUGUGGUUGGUGUGCUGAUAUUUGUGUUGAACAGGAUACAGGCUGUGAGGGCUCAGAGUGCUGCCCAGCCCAGGCCGUCAGCUUCUGCCACUCUGCACAGCGCCAUCUGGAUUGUCUAUGGAGCCUUCGUACAGCAAGGUGGCGAAUCUUCCGUGAACUCCGUGGCCAUGCGCAUCGUGAUGGGCAGCUGGUGGCUCUUCACACUCAUCGUGUGCUCCUCCUACACAGCCAACCUUGCUGCCUUCCUCACAGUGUCCAGGAUGGACAACCCCAUAAGGACUUUCCAGGACCUGUCCAAACAAGUGGAAAUGUCUUAUGGCACUGUCCGGGAUUCUGCUGUAUAUGAGUACUUCCGAGCCAAGGGCACCAACCCCCUGGAGCAGGACAGCACGUUUGCUGAACUCUGGCGGACCAUCAGCAAGAACGGAGGGGCUGACAACUGCGUGUCCAGCCCUUCAGAAGGCAUCAGGAAGGCAAAGAAGGGGAACUACGCCUUCCUGUGGGAUGUGGCCGUGGUGGAAUACGCAGCCCUGACGGACGACGACUGCUCGGUGACUGUCAUCGGCAACAGCAUCAGCAGCAAGGGUUACGGGAUCGCCCUGCAGCAUGGCAGCCCCUACAGGGACCUCUUCUCCCAGAGGAUCCUGGAGCUGCAGGACACAGGCGACCUGGAUGUGCUGAAGCAGAAGUGGUGGCCGCACAUGGGCCGCUGUGACCUCACCAGCCAUGCCAGCGCCCAGGCUGACGGCAAAUCCCUCAAGCUGCACAGCUUCGCCGGGGUCUUCUGCAUCCUGGCCAUUGGCCUGCUCCUGGCCUGCCUGGUGGCUGCCCUGGAGUUGUGGUGGAACAGCAACCGGUGCCACCAGGAGACCCCCAAGGAGGACAAAGAAGUGAACUUGGAGCAGGUCCACCGGCGCAUGAACAGCCUCAUGGAUGAAGACAUUGCUCACAAGCAGAUUUCCCCAGCGUCGAUUGAGCUCUCGGCCCUGGAGAUGGGGGGCCUGGCUCCCACCCAGACCUUGGAGCCGACACGGGAGUACCAGAACACCCAGCUCUCGGUCAGCACCUUUCUGCCAGAGCAGAGCAGCCAUGGCACCAGCCGGACACUCUCAUCAGGGCCCAGCAGCAACCUGCCGCUGCCGCUGAGCAGCUCGGCCACCAUGCCCUCCAUGCAGUGCAAACACAGGUCACCCAACGGGGGGCUGUUCCGGCAGAGCCCGGUGAAGACCCCCAUCCCCAUGUCCUUCCAGCCCGUGCCUGGAGGCGUCCUUCCAGAGGCUCUGGACACCUCCCACGGGACCUCCAUCUGACCGCGCCGCCUGCCCUCCUGCCCACCCUCCCACCCACCCGACCAGCAGAGCUUUUUAAUACAAGAAAACAACAACACAAACCACACACACUCGCACACACAGACAUACACAAAGACUCUUUCAUUUUUGUUGUACAUAUGUGUAAAUAAUGACAGAAUGGAGUGGGGUAAAAGUGUAUUUUGAAUAUUCCCAAUUUUCGAAGUCAGUAAAAAAACACAAAAACUGUAUGAAUGACUUUGUAAAUUUUGUUCUAUAUGAAUAAAAAGGCAAAUUACUUGUGAUCAUUCUGAAGUGCCAAA